GCGUGUUUCCGCAUUAGGACAAGCUCAUCCUCGAGGCUUCCUUCUUGAGGGAUGCGGGCUGCCACUGAUGAAAGAUAAAAUGCACAAAACUAUUGAAUGCAGUCUAUGUCCACUCAUGCGUGACCAAAAUUUGGCAUAUUCACAGGUCGCUGUAUCUCCUAUGAUGUAUGGCAAGUCCUGAAGAACAUUGCCCAUAGACACGGCCAUAUUUGCAAUUAAUUCAGUGCGUUUUUAUCCUAACUUUUUACCUUACUUUUAUUUCGUGUUUUGAUUUGGAUUUGAAAGUGAAACUGUGUGAUACCAGUGCUACACAGCCAAGUCGGCCAAAUUAACCAAGUCAGUCAUGAGAGUGUGAAAUUAGGGGCCGUCGCAAAGCCCUUGGGCACAGAAUGCUGAAUCAUGUGGCAUCAGCGGUUGUACCAGCGGGCGCCAGCUAGUCCAGCAAGUGAAGGAGGAGUGGAAGACAAAUAGGACAGCAGAAUAUUAUUGAGUCUGCUAUCGGUCGAGCAGUCUCUGUCAGUCGAGGAGAGAUCGUUUUAGUAAACGCAGGUUUACGCGAACUUCGGAAUUGUACAGUAGCACUCCUCAGACAGAUAAAGGCAAAAUGGUUAACCCAGAGGAAUCGAUGGAGAUCACGGAAAUGGUGUGCCUGGAGUCUGACCUGCUGGAUGGACAGAUGAAAGAAGUAGAAGUGGACAAGCACAAAAUCCUGUUGGUCAAGAAUGAGGGCCAGUUUAGUGCAGUUGGCAGCCGUUGCUCUCACUAUGGAGCUCCACUCGUCAAAGGGACACUGUUAGGGGACAGAGUGAGAUGUCCUUUUCAUGGAGCUUGCUUCAACGUGAAGACUGGAGAUAUUGAAGAGUAUCCUGGCCUGGACUCUUUACCCUCUUACAAGGUGAAAACUGAGGAUGGCAAAGUAUAUGUCACCGUAAACACAAAGGAAACCAAGCGCAUAAGAGAGAUGUCCCACAGAGUGCCUGAGGUCUGCCAUACAGUGGUUCUGAUUGGAGGAGGUCCUGCCUCCCUGGUGUGUGCUGAGACGCUCAGGCAGAAUGACUACAGUGGCAGAAUUAUCAUGGUCACCAAAGAGGGCUUGCCACCUUUUGACAAGCCCAAGUUGAGUAAGGCUAUGAAUGUCGACAGUGAACGUCUACUCCUGCGACCGAAAGAGUUUUUUCAGCAGCAUGACAUUGAGUUGUGGAUGAAGAAAGAGGUGAUUUCUGUCGACACUGAGGCAAAAACAGUGACCAUGGAUGACAACACAGCGCAGCACUAUGACCAGCUGCUGAUCGCCACUGGCUGCAGAGCUAGGCCAAUGGCAUGUCCUGGGGCAGACCUAGAGAAUGUGAGGCUCCUGGAGAGCUUUCAAGAUGCCCAAGACAUUCAUAACCUGUGUGCUGGCAAGAAGGCUGUCGUAGUUGGGACCUCGUUCAUAGGUAUGGAGGUGGCAGCCUAUUUGUCAGACAAAGCUACCAGUGUAUCAAUUAUUGGAAGGUCUGAAUAUCCCUUCCAGUUGUCGCUAGGAUCGGACAUUGGCAAAAUGACCAUGCAGAUGUUGGAGGAGAAAGAUGUGAAGUUUUACAUGAAAAAUAAUGUUGCUGAGAUACUUGGAGAGAAUGGAAAGGUCAAAGAGGUUUUGUUGCAAAAUGGAGGACGCCUAGAGGCAGACGUUGUGGUCUUUGGAAUAGGUGUCCUUCCCAAUGUAGAUUUUCUGAAAGGAAGCAAGAUUGCAACAGACCAAAGAAAUAACAUUAUUGUUGAUAAGUGCAUGAAGACCAGUGUCCCAGAAGUGUUCUCUGCAGGAGAUGUGGUGUCGUUCCCUCUUGCCAUGCGUGGAGAUGAGCGCGUCAGCAUUGGGCACUGGCAGCUGGCACAUGCUCAUGGAAGGAUAGCAGGACUCUCCAUGGUGAAAAAACCAACUGAGAUCAAUUCUGUCCCUUUUUUCUGGACUGUGCUCUUGGGAAAGAGCAUUCGAUACACAGGCUAUGGCCAAGGAUAUACUGACAUUGUGUUCAAGGGCAAAGUGGAAGAAAGAAAAUUUCUAGCCUUCUACCUGAAGGACGAUGUGGUGGUGGCAGCAGCCAGUCUGAACUUUGACCCUGCAGUCGCUUGCUUGGCAGAAAUGAUUGCAAACGGCAAGGUCAUAACCAGAGUUCAGAUCGAAUCUGAUGACCUGGGUUGGUUGCAGCUGCCAUAGUCUCCUUUGUGUCCCUGCCUCCACUGGAGUAGAAGUCGUCUCAAUGAGGAUAUCAUCUCUCUUCUUGUUACUCAAGUGUCACAGACAAUGAAUGCUGUAACUUCUGUUUCCUCCUUUUGCCAAAGGGUAUUGGUACUGUAUUCCCUCUCUCACUGUUGGUUAAUGGACUCUCAGGUAAUAUUCUGUAUUAUCUCGUGUACACAAAGACGAAUAUAUUUUUGCAUGUACUGAAUAUGUUUUACUGUAGCAGAAAGAAAUGAAGUAUUUUCAUCAGUGUAAUGGGUGUCAAGUCUGACUGAUACAAAACACAUGACCGAAAUUAAAAAAAUUCAAUUCUGUAA